AUGCGAGGCGAACAAUGGACCGGGAGAAAGUUGCCCAAGCGUAUCAGGCGAUAUGCUGGGAUUCACCGCGCCUGGCACCAAAUUAGGGUCAUCCAGCUGUCGGUUCGCCAGUUGCGAUUAGCGGGGUUUCAGCAGGCCGUCAGAGUCGCACAGGCUAGUGCUGGAUUCCUCAAGAAGCGUCUGGAUAAGUGGAUUCACUGGGCCGGAGCUAGUCCACACCCUUACAUUUGGUGGCAACUCAAUAACAUCGGAAAGAGGCAUCUAGUCUACAGGGUGCCUACGAGAUGGGGAGAGGGAAAGAGAACAGCGCGAAGCACAGUCCAGGUUUUGGACCCAGUCCUUCAAUUUGGUGGUCGAGGACCAGCCGAAGUGGUGAAGAGUGAGCAGCCAUCCGUCACUGUCCACCAUCCGGUCUUAUCAGUGGAUGGGGUUGAGACAGCGCAUCCGAAUAGGUGGAGAGCACCCAUUCAUUGGUGGGCUGAUCUGUCAGAAAGUGUCAUGCGAACACACUGGAAUGCACUAGAUAUCAGAUCCGACAGGCCUUGUCCAAGGCGAAUCAUUCUUUAUCCGCUCAAUAAUAACUACUACUUACAACCACCACAAAAGAUUGGGAUGGAAAGAAUCCGGAGUACUUCCAUCCAUUCAUUCAUCCAUCCUGACCAUCACGUGCCCAUCCUCAACAUUCUUGGACUGUUUCGACGCCCAAUUAUUGACAACCUGGAAACCUUGUCCGACGGCUAUUAUACUGGCGCUAUUCCUUUAGAAAGCGCUGCCCCUUUUAUACAAAAGCAAAUAUUUAGCUACACUUAUCGACGCCCUCUGAAGAGCCCGAACUUUGAGACCAAGUCCGGUUGA